AUGCUAAAGCUAAACAAACUUAAACGAUCGCAAUCCGAAAACAACAUUGAACCAAGGCUUCUGGAUUCAGAUCUAAGCACCAGAUUCCAUGAUAAAGAAGAAGCUACCGAAAAGGCUACGGUUAAUCGUUCUGGUCAACAGAUGGAAAGAUCAAUUAGUUGGCCAUCUAUUCUGCACGAGAUGCAAUCAAGAACGAGUUCCAUCUGCACUGAUGAUGACUUAUCUGACUCGGAAUCACUUUCCGACUCGGAUUCCGAUUCCGAGACUUCUGAUUACACCCCCGAGAGUAGCUAUCAAUCGGCCACCGGAUACGAGCGCAUACCACAAACUAACGCUCUUUGGGAGGUUCAUGUGGCCAUCGAUUCUUUUGCCAGUGAGAGUGAUAUUCAGGGCGUUCGUCAAUAUUUGCGAGAGUUGCUGACCAACGAGAUGCGUUCGAUCGGCAAUGCAAACGGCCCUGUUAUCUAUCUUAUAGCUUACACCUAUAUGUAG